AGACGGGGCGGUCUGGCCGCUGCCAGGCGCGGCGGCGGCUGCGCGCGGGGGAGGCGGCGCCGCGGUUCUCCUCGCCCCCUCUCUGAUGCCAGUCCCGCCCUGCCAUGAGUCUAUGAGCCCCCUCCGGAUCAGCGUGGGUGGUCUGCCCGUCCUCGCGUCCAUGACCAAGGGUGCUGACCCCCGCUUCCGACUGCGCUGGAGGGCCAUCGUGCUGUCCUCAGCCUGCGUGGGGCUCGUGCUGUUGCUCUUCUGCCUGCACCGUUCCUCCCCAGCACGGCAUGGCCCCCCCAGCCCUCGCACCUGGCAGCUCGGCCUGCAGGCAGGAGACCGCUACAAUGACACCUACCCGCUGUCCCCACCGCAGAGAAACCCCGAGGGCGUGCGCUACCGCAUCGGCGUCAUUGCGGACCUGGACACACAGUCCCGGGGCUCCCAGGAGCACACCUGGUUCAGUUACCUGAAGAAGGGCUACCUGGUACUGUCAGACAGCGGGGACAGAGUGACGGUGGAGUGGGACAAGGAUGAGAGCAUGCUGCAGUCCCACCUGGCUGAGAAGGGCCGGGGCAUGGAGCUCUCCGAGCUGGUGGUUUUCAACGGGAAGCUGUACGCGGUGGACGACCGGACGGGGGUGGUCUACCAGAUCGAGGGCAACAAGGUGGUGCCCUGGGUGAUCCUCCCAGAUGGGGACGGCACUGUGGGGAAAGGCUUCAAGGCGGAGUGGCUGGCAGUGAAGGAUGAGCACCUGUAUGUGGGAGGACUGGGCAAGGAGUGGACCACCACAACAGGGGAAGUGGUGAACGAGAACCCCCAGUGGGUGAAGGUCAUUGGCUACAAGGGUGACGUGAGCCACGAGAACUGGGUGACAAACUACAAUGCGCUGAGGGCUGCAGCAGGGAUCCGGCCCCCAGGGUACCUGAUCCACGAGUCAGCCUCCUGGAGUGACACGCUGCAGCGCUGGUUCUUCCUGCCGCGCCGCGCCAGCCACGAGCGCUACAGCGAGAAGGCAGACGAGCAGCGAGGCACCAACCUGCUGCUGAGCUCCACCCAGGACUUCGGGGAUGUGACGGUGGGGCGUGUGGGUGAGGUGGUUCCCACCCACGGCUUCUCCUCCUUCAAGUUCAUCCCGGACACAGACGACCAGAUCAUCGUGGCGCUAAAAUCAGAAGAGGACAAUGGCAAGAUCUCCAGCUACAUCAUGGCCUUCACGCUGGACGGGCGCUUCCUCCUGCCCGAGACCAGGAUUGGGAGUGUGAAGUACGAGGGCAUUGAAUUUAUUUAACAGACAUCUGGACCGAGUGGAGGCGUGUGGGCAGCCUAGGGAUGUGGGCAGGCCCUGCUAGCCUGCUCCUAGCCCGGGGUCCAUGGGGGGUGGCAGGCAGCGCUCCCAGCUCUGUCCCUGGCCCUGGGCUCUCCUGUAAAGUGUUGACUGAGCUGCAGCAGGUGUGGUGCAAGUGUUUCGGCAGUGGCACCUGGUGGCAAGGGACCGCCACCACAGGGUGUUCCCGGCCCUGGGACAGUGCCCAGGUCCUGGAAUGCUGGCAGGCCCCACUGCAGCCCUUAGUGCCCAGCCCUGAAUUGCGACAGAACUGUCUGCGGUGGGUCGGUGGCUCUGGUGACGUCCCCACUCUGGGUUUGUAGCUGAGCCCCAGCUCUACAGCUCUGCCCUGUGUGCCAUGGGGCUCCCUGGGUGGAAGGGGAUGUGCAGCCAGAGCAGGUCAGACUUGGGGGAUUUCAUCAGGCUUUUUCUUCAGAAGCUGAUCUUCCUUCCCUUUUCCCAUCAGCUGGGUGAGGUGAUGGCUGGGGUGACGGGUUUUUUGUUUCAGAGAAAAGUCUCACA